AUGGCGGCAGUAGCUGGUGCCAGAUCCGUCUUUCGAUCGGCUUCUCUGAGGAAUGCGGCGGCGAAAGUUGCCUCCGGUGGUAGGAAACCAUCCGCCGGCGCCUCUGCCUUCCUCCGGCCGUCGGGCGUCUCUCGUGUCGCUGUCAGGUAGGUUGCUUCCAUCCAUCGCUGCUUCCGACAAGCUUUAGAUCGUUCCCGUGGGGAUGAAGACUGUCGUUUUCAUUCGCCUGUUGUGGUUUUUGAAGGUCGCCGAUCGAGAUGAGCAGCUUCUGCUUGGAAUCGCUUCUCCCUAUGCACAGCGCCACGGCGUCGGCUCUGUUGACUUCGAUGCUGUCCGUUUCGAGACGUCGUUACGGCUGGCUUUUGGAAGGUACCGAAUGCGCGGAUUUUAGCUCAUCCGGUGGUCGUUGUUUUCUGUCUAGCCUAGAAAUAUAUCGUCAUUGGUUUCCUCUGGAAGCACGAGUGCACCUGAUUUCAUUUUUGAGACUGGCGCUGCAAAUUUCAUCUCAAAUCGAUUGCACUGCUGUCAUCUGUUAUUUUGAUAAAUCAUUAGGACGGGAACAGAUCGUAGAUCCUCAGUGCAAUAAGAUGCUUUCGGUCUGAUUAGUUUAUCGAGUCAUUUGGCGAGUGCUUCUGGAUCUCUGAUCAUUUGGGACUGUUCUCCGGAAGAUGGAUUAUGUUUAGGAACAAAUAAUCAGUUCUCUAUUGAUUUUUUUUAUAGUAUUAUCCUUUUUUUUCGUAUUAACUUCCGAAGCUAAGCAUAACACUUGAUUCAGGUUUUCCCCCACAUACCUUCGUAUUCAUUUCACUGAUCCAUCCGAAUGCUGAAAUUAUCAUAAAAAUUCUUCAUCUGUGCAAGAUAAAUGAUUUCCCACAGAAAGAAAGGAGAAAGAACUCAAUCCAGUGUACAUUACGGAAUAUUAUUUCAUCUGCUCUAUGGUUUGAGCUCGUGUAGACGCAGAAAACUAGUCUCAUUACGCGCAUCCUUUGUCUUCUGGCUUCGGCUGUGUAGCAGAUAUCUUGAAACCCCUUCAUGUUAGUCGGUUGCAUUUUUAAGUAAAAAAUAUGUUGCAUUUACUGGACUUAAGUUUCUUCUUUUAAAACUUUUGAUCACGGAGAAGAAUACUAAUUAUUUUUCAUUCGAUCAGUUGGCAAUGAUGACGUGUGA